AUGGGGAAAACCAUCAAACUUAAAUACUGCUUGUGCAAGAACUGUUGGAAAAAUAUUAAAAAAAAAUUUGAUCAAAUUGCCAAAGAAAAUUAUCAUUCUAACGAUCAAGUUACACUUAAAGAACUAUCUUACACGGUUGCAAAUACAUCUUUUCAAGUAGAGUUUGGAUCCCAAAAUAUUAUAGAAAAAAAUAAACAUGAGUUAGCGAUUGUGCAAAUAAUUGACAAGUAUCAAAUACCACGAGAUGGAUAUUGGGCUUUAUCAGCUAUUCAAUCUGAUUUAUCUCGUGAUUAUUUAGUUUCUAAUCAACUUGAAAAAGUUGCUCAAUGA